AUGGGGAAAUUGAUCAGGAUGGGGACACAGGAAAGGCCGUUACUCCGGCCAAAACGGCUUCAAUGGAGUCGCCUCCUCUUCCUACUGGGAAUGUUGAUCGUUGGUUCUACCUACCAACACCUGAGGAGCCCCCGGGGCCUCCCCUCGCCGUGGGCAGCAGUCUCUUCCCGACACCCUGUAAAACUGGCCAGCCGGGACCUUCCCGGCAAUGAGAUGAUGACAGGGAGCAGUGCCCCGCCAAAAGCUAGCUCUCAGCUGGGGGGUGAGACACUGGCUCCCCGAGCCACAGUGGGCAAGGAGGAAGCCACGCCUGGCUUAACUGUGGAGAACACCCCCAAUACACCCAGAAAAACAGCCAACAUCUCUCCAACAAUACUUAAGAAUAACUAUAGCCCAACAGCAGCAGGCACAGAAAGAGUGAAGGAAAACACCCCAACCAGACCAACAGGAGUACUGACUCACUACACCACAACUUCAGGCAGAUCAGCAGCAGAGAAUUAUACCCCAACAACACCCAGGGGAGAAAGGAAGCACUACCCAACUCAAGCCAGAGGGAAAGUGAAAAAAUACACCCCAUCCCCACAUGGGAGAACAGUGAACUCUGUCCCAUCCACAUUCAUGACAGUGGCAAGAAGCCAUAGGAUCACCCCCAGAACAACAGUGAAAGACAGUGAACCUACAGCAACCUACAGGACAUUGGUGACCAGCCCCUCCGAGGGAAUAGUGGAGGAAACCACCCCAACUACUCUCAAGGGAAUAAUUGAUAACACCCCAACUUUCUUGAGAAAUGACAUAGAAACAAACAUCUUGACUUCUCCUAGGAGUAUGGUGGAAAAGAACACCCUGACCACCCCCAGAAGAACGGACAAUAACAGCUCAACCAACCCUUGGGGCUUAGUGGGAAAGAACAGCCUGACGACUUCCCAGAGAACGGUCUUAGAGCACACUGCAGCCAUCUCUGAGGGGCAAGUGACGAUUAGCACCAUGACAGGAAGCAGCCCAGCAGCAACCAAAGCCUCUACUGCUGCUUGGAGGGUUAGGAAUCCCUCAUCCAGAACCAGUGCACCAACCAUUGGAAUAUCCUUAGCGACCUGGGGGCUGGUGAAGAAACCUUCCCCAGCAUCCAGCACCUCAGCAAUACCCAGCGUCCAGGCAAAUCCGACCACCCAGGUUCGUCAUUGUGUGGUCAUGGAGCCAGUUCCAGCCAUGCCCUCUACCCACUCCCCCCGCCUGACAACGGCCCCGCUCCCAGAGGUGCCCAGUCCCAGUCCUUCAGCGCUGCCCUCUAGCCAGCCAGACCACCACCCCAAGGCAGAGUACCCCCGAGACCUGUUCAGCUUGGAGGAGCGGCGGCAGGGCUGGGUGAUCCUGCACAUCUUUGGCAUGAUAUACGUGUUUGUGGCCUUGGCCAUUGUGUGUGACGAGUACUUUGUCCCAGCCCUGGGUGUCAUCACAGACAAGCUGCAGAUCUCUGAGGAUGUGGCAGGAGCCACGUUCAUGGCUGCUGGAGGCUCUGCCCCUGAGCUCUUCACCUCCCUCAUCGGCGUCUUCAUCUCCCACAGCAACGUGGGCAUCGGCACCAUCGUGGGCUCUGCUGUGUUCAACAUCCUCUUUGUCAUCGGCACCUGUGCCCUCUUCUCCCGGGAGAUCCUCAACCUCACCUGGUGGCCCUUGUUCCGUGAUGUCUCCUUCUACAUCCUUGACCUGAUGAUGCUCAUUCUCUUCUUCCUGGACAGCCUCAUUGUCUGGUGGGAGAGCCUGGUGCUACUGCUGGCCUACGCCCUUUAUGUGCUCGCCAUGAAGUGGAACAAGAAGCUUGAGCUUUGGAUGAAGGAGCAGCUCAGCAGGAGGCCAGUGGCCAAGGUCAUGGCCCUAGAGGACUUCAUCAAGCCAGGUGAUGGGGCAGUUGCGGUGGAUGAGCUGCAGGAUAACAAGAAGCUGAAGCUCACCUCCGUGCUGACCCGAGGGAGCAGCUCAGCCUCUCUGCACAACAGCACCAUCCGCAGCACCAUCUACCGGCUCAUGCUCCACAGCCUGGACCUGGGGGAAGCCCGCUCCUCCAAGAACAAGGACGAGGAGAGCUUGAGUCAGGAGGCCAAGCCUCAGGCCAAAGCGGAGAGCAAACCAGAAGAGGAGGGGCCAGCAGAGCUCCCUGCGGUCACGGUCACACCAGCCCCUGCUCCAGACGUCAAGGGCAAUCAGGAGGAGGAUCCUGGUGGUCAGGAAGGAGCUGCGGCUGGAGCUGAGAGCACAGGUGAAACGGCAGGCGGAGAGGGAGGCGCUCCUGGUGAAGGUGAAAAUGGAGCGCAAGGUGGAGGUGAAACUCAGCUAGAAGGCGAAGGUGAACUUGAAGCAGAAGGAAAAGGAGAUUACGAAGAUGAGGAGAAGGGUAGUGAAGUCCGAGAAGAAACCAAAGGAAAUGAUGAAGGUGCAGGCGAACUCCAAGCAGAAGAUGAUGGCAAAAUGAAAGGUGACGAAGGUGGAAUUGAAGAGCAGGAAGUCGAUGCUGAAAAUCAAGGUGAAGCCAAAAGUGAUGAGAAAGGUACAGACGGUGAAGGGGGAGGUGAUGGAGGUGACAGUGAAGAUGAGGAAGAAGAGGAGGAUGAGGAAGAGGAAGAGGAUGAGGAAGGAGAGGAAGAGGAAGAAAAUGAGGAGCCUUUGUCCCUGGAGUGGCCCGAGACCCGGCAUAAGCAGGCCGUUUACCUCUUCCUCCUGCCCAUUGUGUUCCCGCUGUGGCUGACGGUGCCCGACGUCCGGAGGCUGGAGUCUAGGAAGUUUUUUGUUUUCACUUUCCUGGGAUCCAUCAUGUGGAUAGCCACCUUCUCAUACCUCAUGGUGUGGUGGGCUCACCAGGUUGGUGAAACAAUAGGGAUUUCUGAAGAGAUUAUGGGUCUGACGAUCCUAGCGGCAGGCACAUCAAUUCCUGACCUCAUCACCAGUGUGAUUGUUGCUCGGAAAGGCCUGGGAGACAUGGCCGUGUCAAGUUCUGUGGGCAGCAACAUAUUUGAUAUCACCGUCGGCCUGCCAGUUCCCUGGUUGCUUUUCUCUCUCAUCAAUGGACUACAGCCUGUUCCAGUCAGCAGCAAUGGCUUGUUUUGUGCAAUCGUUCUGCUUUUUCUCAUGCUCCUGUUUGUGAUCUCUUCAAUUGCAUCGUGCAAAUGGAGAAUGAACAAGAUCCUGGGCUUCACAAUGUUCCUCCUUUACUUUAUAUUCCUGAUAAUCAGUGUGAUGUUAGAAGAUCGAGUCAUAUCCUGUCCUGUAUCCGUCUGAGUCAGUCACUGCUGCUCAAAAUGGACAUGGAUCAGAAAACCAUGUCCGAAGUUAUUGUACCUCUUGUUACAUUUAUGAAAGAAGGAACAUGAUCAGGGAGAGUGAACUGAGAAGCUGAGAGCCUCUGGU